AUGGUCCAGCAGAUUGUGGAUGAACAUGGCAUCCUGACAAAUGUGAUAUUAGCCCCCCAGAUGCCAGGAAUGCCUCCAGGGACCCCCAUGACGGGAGGACCAAACAAUGCACCCCAUUAUUACAACCCAUAUAGCUCGCAUUUUCCAACGCCACACCCUCAGUACCAGCCUCAUCACCAUGGUCAUCAUGGAGCUGCAUCACACAUGCACCCAAGUGUCACAGGCCACCCACACAUGCAUGGGACACCACCACCACACACAUGUAACAGCCUUGCUCCCCCUGUACACGCAGCAGGACCAAGUCCACCAAUCAAUUCCGUGGAAGAAAGGAACCGUCAACGGUCUUGGCAUGGUAAAUCUAAAUCUCGAAAACCUGAAGAAGGCUAUUACUACAGAGCACCUCCACGCCGAAAUAAAAGUAACAAAAGCACAAACAGCGCAGUAACUAUAUCAGUGAAUGGUGAUGUCCACCAUCAGAAUAAUAUGGCCACAAAUACAACCAUAUCUUCAACAGAAAAUGGUGCUGAACAGGAAGAAGAAAGAAAGAUGCUUCAACAACCAAUGUCCAUUUUGCAUGAGUCAAAGUUUACAGAAGAGAUAUUGAAGCAAAUCGUCCCCCAAUGUCAGGUGAAAGAAGUGGAAUCCAGAAGUGCCUCAAUUGACCUGACACCACCAGACUGUGGUGAGAAUGAAUAUGACUUUAUAUUUGAACUGCUGUUAUCAGAAAAGGGACGAGAAUCUAAGUACAAGCUUGUGUAUACAGGUGUAUCCCGAGUAAUAAACCUGAAAGAUUUAAAGCCAGCUUGUGAAUAUUUUUUGAGAGCCUGCACAAAGAUUGAAGAUUUCAAAGGAAAUUUAUCUGAACCUAUAAGCUUUAAAACACUCCCAUGUGAACCAGAUCCUCCUCAACAUCCCAGAUUAUCAAGCAAAUCUAAAACCGGCUUGGUCCUUAAAUGGAAUGCUGCUUGUGAAAAUGGUUCAAAAAUUUCAACAUAUUCUUUAGAAUAUGAUCAGGGCUUAAACAAUGGUCAGUUUGUUGAGGUAUAUAAUGGAUUACUGAAACAAGCCCGAAUUCAACAAUUACAGGCCGGCACAAAGUAUACUUUUCGUCUUGCUGCCAUCAAUAACAAUGGUAAAAGCCGGUUUAGUGAGCCUGUAAGUUUCCACACAAGUGGCUGUGCUCCUUCUCAGCCUGAGCAUCCCAAACUGGACAAGGCUUUUAUUAACUCCCUUGUUUUGUCUUGGGUAAAACGAACAAAUGAUGAAACAUUUGUUUUACAAAUGGAAGAUGAAUCAACAGGUUAUGGAUUCCGUAUCACAUAUAAUGGGCCCAAUACAACUUAUCAAGUUGUGGAAUUACGAAGAAACACAGAAUACAAAUUUAGACUAGCAGCCAAAAAUGAUGAAGGUCAAAGCAAAUGGAGUGAUAUUGUAUCUUACUGCACAUUACCAGAACCUCCACUGCCACCAGGUAAACUCCAGGUCAAGGGCAAAAUCCAUGCCUUUUACUUCAAGAUUACUUGGGCCUUGAAUUUCAGAUCCCCCAAGGAUGAUGGUGGCUCAAAUAUUUCCAGUUAUCAUGUUGAGAUUGAUGAUGGAUCAGGUUUUCAUAAUAUUUAUAAAGGAUUAGACACUGAAUGUACAUGUGAUGGACUUACUCCAGGAAAUACAUACAAGGUGCAAGUUGGUUGUUCUGGGCCAGGAGGUAAAAGUGAGUUUUCUGAAAUUUGUAUUGUUACUACAACCCCUGUUGUUCCUGGCCAUUGCCAAGCACCAAAACUUCAGGGUAAACCAAAGGCUAAGUCCUUAAAUUUACGAUGGGGUACUCCAGCAAAUGAUGGUGGCUCUGCUGUAACAGAUUAUAUUGUCCAAAUGGUGUCCCCAGACAAUACAACAAGAGAAGUGUACAAAGGUAGAGAUACAGAAUGCGUAGUAGCAGGACUUUUACCUGGGAGACCAUAUCUUUUUCAAGUUAGAUGUGCUAAUAAAAUUGGGGCUGGUCCCUGGUCUGAAUCAUUGGAAGUUGUUAGCGGCCCAGGUGUACCUGAUGCACCCAAGCUACCAACAGCCACUUGUAAGUCUCCCCAUUGUAUACAAGUGAACUGGGAAAAACCAGUGAAUAAUGGUGCUACAAUUACAGAUUACAGGCUAGAAUGGCAACACAAGGAAGAUGCAGACUUUACACAGCUUCAUGUUGGUCCCCAGCGGAAAUUUGAGGCAAAAAAUCUAGCUCCAGCAACAAAAUAUAGUUUUAGAGUUUUGGCAAUAAACAGUGCUGGACCAAGUCCAUAUAGUCCAGUGUGUCAGUGCCAGACAACCCCUUCUAGUCCUGCUGCUGUGGUACAUUACCGGGUCCACUCAACUGCCACAGACAUCUUGUUGAAAUGGGAAGAACCCCAUAGCAAUGGCAGUGAAAUCAUUGCUUACAAUAUUGACAUUGGAGACAAAUCACUGAUUAAUAUCAGUUCUGCAUCAGAAUACAGGAUUAGCAACCUCUUACCAGACACAGCAUACAGAAUCCGAAUCCAAGCUGUUAAUGUCAUUGGGCCCGGUGCCUUCAGCACACCUAUCAAGGUGGUCACCAAAUCCCUUCCACCUCCUCCUCCAAGCCUCGAGUGUGUCAGUAUAGCUCACAACAGCCUUAAAUUGAAAUGGGGAGAUGGACGUAAUCCUGAUCUGAUUAAUUACCAGUUGGAGUUGGGAAAGGAUGACAAAAAUUUCCAACUGGUCUAUUCCGGCUCGGCCCAUGUUCACAAAGUUGGAAAACUUUCAGAACUAACCUCCUAUGAUUUUCGGAUAUUAGCCAUUAAUGAGGCAGGCUGUGGGGAAUAUUCCAACAUUUAUAAAUUCUCCACAACUAAAGCUCCACCACCUCCUCUUAAAGCUCCCAAGGUCAGUGAGAUCACCAUCAACAGCUGUAUGGUAGAAUGGCAGGGUUGUAAACAAAUGGGGGUGGACUCUGUGAUCUACCAACUGCAGAUUCUGUGUAUUGGAAAAGGAGAGCAUGAAUACAAAUCGGUUUACCGGGGUCCAGAGACAAGCUUCAGUGUACAGAACUUGUCCUCCAGAUGUGAUUAUCAGAUGCGAGUAGGUGCAAUCCGCAUUUGCUCUGAUGGCUUGCCAGAUGUGACAGGAGCAUUCAGCCCUGGAAUGCCAUUCACUACCCUCUCACCAGAGCCUGUACGGGCAGUUGAGUCCCGCCCACCCACUGUGAUGAAGGCGCCAAAAUUUAUUUUCUUUCUUUUCACUUUGUUGUUGUUGUCCUCCCACUUUUUCUUUUCUAAUUUUCAUCUUUUUUUCUCUCCUCCUCCUCCUGCCUCACUUCAUCCUUUGCUCUGUUUCACCUACAAUGAUGCCCCCCUCUCUCCAUCCCUCUGUCCCAGAUGCAAACUAUGA